CAGCGGAGAAACGUGACCACUUGCGGUACCUACCCCUCGGAGUCGUGGAGGGGCACCGUGAAGAUGAAUAACUAUGCGACUUGGCUGCGAGGUCAGUCAGGGCCGACCGACGAUCAUCUACCUGCAUCCUCUCCACCCAGAAAAUCGUUGAGGCAAGUUCCUCUGCCGUCUCACUUGCGCAAUGCUGUUUCGGCCAUCGUCCCUUCUGCCGGUGGCCCUCGUCACCGGGGCUGCGCUCGCCGGUCAUCACGUCAAGAGCACAACUCCUCCCAUCGUCCAGCUGGACCGCGGGUCCUUUGUGGGCACCUCUGACGGUACAGUGGACUCGUUCUUGGGUAUCCCGUUUGCAAAACCGCCUGUUGGCGACCUUCGGUUCCGCCUCCCCGUACCAAAUGACCCGUACAACACGACACGCAACGCGACGGCGUUCGGCCCGGCGUGUCCACAGCAAAACGCGGUUUCCGAGGCGAACUUCUUGGUGUUGCCUCCUGAGACAGUGCAGUUUAUCUUGACCAACUACACGAAGGAUGUUGGCUCGGGCGAUGAAGAUUGCCUUACUGUCAAUGUCAUCACACCAACGGGGACGAAGCCAAAUGCCAAUCUACCCGUCGCUGUGUGGAUCUACGAAGGUGGCUUCGAGACCGGCGGUACCAGUGGGUACGACGGGACUCCAAUUGUGAAGAGGUCCAUCGAACUCGGGGAGCCCGUAAUAUAUGUUAGCUUGAACUACCGCCUGAACGGUUUUGGCUUCCUCGCGAGCAAGGAGGUGAAGGAAGCCGGCGUCGGAAACCUUGGCAUGCAAGACCAACGUCAGGCAUUACGAUGGGUACAUAAGUAUAUCUCCGCUUUCGGUGGAGACCCUAAGAAAGUCACAAUAUGGGGCGAAAGCGCGGGAGGCAUCUCUGUUGCUUUGCAUCUGGUCACCAACGGCGGUAACACUGAAGGUCUGUUCCGCGCGGCGUUUAUGCAGUCGGGUUCGCCGAUCCCGAUCGGAGACAUCACCGAGGGUCAGAUAGUAUACGACCAACUGGUAGAGGUGACGUUGUGUUCCGGAGCUGCCGAUACUCUGCAGUGUCUGCGCGAAGUUCCGUACGAGGUGCUCAAGGCUGCUAUCGACAACACCCCAGGGUUGUUCUCCUACCAGCCUGCCCUGAACGAGGUUUGGAUUCCCCGAGCGGACGGCAAGUUCCUCGUUGAUACCCCGCAAAGGCUCGUUCUGCAAGGGAGCGUUGCGAAGGUUCCUUUCGUGACGGGCGACUGCGAUGACGAGGGGACCCUAUUUUCUCUCACAACGCUCAAUGUCACCACCGAAGCUCAGUUGGCAACUUACCUACAGCAAACAUACUUCCCUCGUAUAUCGCAGAGCGACCUGUCCAAACUGCUCCAGUACUACCCUGCGGACGUUACCCAGGGCUCCCCCUUCGAUACCGGCACCGCUAACGCCGUGACGCCCGAGUUCAAGAGGCACGCGGCGAUCAUCGGAGACCUCGUCUUCCAGGCACCCCGCAGGUUGCUCCUGCAGGAAGCCGCGUCGAGGCAGAACACUUGGGUUUUCCUCUUCAAGCGCUUCAAGUCGUUGGGCGUCCUUGGGGCAUUCCACGGCACGGACGUCAUCGACAUCUACGGGGGCUCGAACCUGACGAGCCAUUUGGUGCAUUUUGUCCACCAUCUUAACCCGAACGGUGCGGGCGCCCCUGCGUGGCCGCAGUUCUCGCUGCAAUCGCGGCAGCUGCUCACGCUCCUCGAUGGCGACACUCCGGAGACGGUCGGGCAGGACAACUAUCGCGCAGAGGGCAUGGCGUUGCUGACCAAGGUCCUCCUGGAGACCCCGCUUUAGUUCUUGAAUGCGCGCGGUGAUAAAUUUGUUGGCUUGUUGGCUUCGGACACGGACUAGUGAUAA